AUGAUCUAUCAAAAAUAUGUUACAUUUGACUGCCUCUCCUAUCUAUCUAUCUAUCUAUCUAUCUAUCUAUCUAUCUAUCUAGGUUUGUUCAUAAUCUGUCUGUCCGUUUGUUUAUCUAUCUAUCUAUCUACCUAUCUAUCUAUCUAUCUAUCUAGGUUUUUUCGUAAUCUAUCUAUCUAUCUAUCUAGGUUUGUUCAUAAUCUAUCUAUCUAUCUGUCUAUCUAUCUUUCUGUCUAUCUAUCUAGGUUUGUUCAUUAUCUAUCUAUCUAUCUAUCUAUCUAUGUCUUUUCAUUUUCUGUUUUUAUUUUCUUUUUCUGUUUUUACUUUACUUUUCAGUUUUUAUUUUCCUUUUCUGUUAUUUUCCUUUUCUGUUAUUUUCCUUUUCUUUUUUAUGUUUCUUUUCUGUUAUUAUUAUUCUUUUCUGUUUUUUAUUUUCCUUUUAUGUUUUUAUUUUCCUUUUCUGAUUUUAUUUUCUUUUUCUGUUUUUUUUUUGUCUUCCUUUUCUGUUUUUUAUUUUCCUUUCUGUUUUUUUUUUAUUUUCAUUUCAUUUUUCCUCUUGUGGUUCAUUUCUCUUUUUAUUCUUUAUUCCCUGACAAAAUGAUUAAGCCAUUUUUCCUUUUCCCUUCUUCAUUGAUAUCAGUCUUUUCUUACUUUUUUAUUCUUUUUCUCUAUUUUUUAUUUCUUUCUUUUAUUCUUUCCUAUUUCAUUUUUUUCAUGCAUUUUUUUUUUUUCUUCUUCUUUUCUUCUUACUUUCUUUUUAUGCUCAUUCUAUGUUCCUAG